UGCAAAAAAGUAGCAAGUCCCUCCAACCCCAGCCUCCAUCAUCAACCUUUGCUUCUCAAAUGGAACCCAAAAAAAUUUAAAAAACCCCAAAUAAAUAAUUGGAGUAAAUAACAAAGUUAUGAUUCUCACGUCCCACCAUCUCAAACCCUUGCUUCAAUCCAACUCCACACGGCAACACCAACAGCAAGAAGAAGCCGAACCCAUGUUCUAAAAAUCCUUCCCAAAUUACCCCUCACCAUGACAGCAGUGCUCCAGUCCCCCUCGCAUCUCCCUUCAUCUCCAAGUUCCCAACUUUCUUGCUCCUCCAGUGAUGCUCUGCAAACCCUUUUAACCUCUGAAGGACACGACGGCUCUGAAGAGGUGGAAGAAGAAAGAGAGGAAUCCUUGUUUUAUUUGCUGGUGACUGCUUUGAGGAGAUCAAUGGCGCAGUGCAGGGUGGAGGAGGAGGAGGAGGAGGAGGAGGAGGGGGAUCGCCGGUCUAUGGAGAUCGGGUGGCCAACGGAGGUGAGGCACGUGGCUCACGUGACCUUUGACAGGUUCCAUGGGUUUCUGGGGUUGCCUGUUGAGUUUGAGCCUGAGGUCCCCAGGAGAGCUCCCAGUGCCAGUGCAACUGUUUUCGGUGUUUCUACCGAGUCUAUGCAAUGCUCUUAUGAUCCUAGAGGGAACAGCAUACCAACAAUUCUCCUGUUAAUGCAAAGACGUCUUUAUGAAAGAGGGGGCCUGCAGGCAGAAGGCAUUUUCAGAAUUAAUGGAGAGAAUGGCCAAGAGGAGUUUGUAAGGGAUCAGCUAAAUAGUGGAAUAGUGCCCGAUGGAAUUGAUGUGCACUGUUUAGCUGGUUUGAUCAAGGCUUGGUUAAGAGAACUUCCUACUGGGGUUCUUGACCCUCUAACACCCGAGCAAGUAAAGCAAUGCCAAUCAGAAGAGGAGUGUGCUCAAGUUGUGAGCCUUCUACCACCGACAGAGGCUGCAUUAUUGGACUGGGCUAUCAACUUGAUGGCAGAUGUUGUCCAAGAAGAGCAGAAAAAUAAGAUGAAUGCACGAAAUGUUGCCAUGGUUUUUGCGCCAAACAUGACCCAGAUGGCGGAUCCUUUGACUGCAUUAAUGUAUGUAGUCCAAGUGAUGAAUUUUCUCAAGAUGCUGAUCCUCAGGACACUUAAAUCAAGGCAAGAAUUAACAGUAGAUGAUUACUCAGUUUUUCACUCCGAUCCAUCCGAUGAAAAUGGCCAUAACAGUCCUCAGGUCCCUCUAGAAGCCGAUAGCAACAUAGCAGUCGAGCAAGUCUUUGUUCCUGAGGAACCUAAUUUAGAUGAUCUUACACAAGAUUCUAAGGAAAAUUUGGAGGUACAAAAUAAAAUAACUGAUACUUCAGAAAAUUCGCACGGAAAUGUUCUUCCUGAAGAGACUACAUAUUGCACUGAUGAAAACUUCUGUGAAUUGCCACGACAAACUGAUGGCCAAACCGAGAGAGAAGAAAUCAAUGUUAAUUCUUCUGCUGCCGUUCAAGCAAAUGUGCAGAGAACUGGAAAAGCCAAAUCAAACAGUAAGAAAGGAAGAAGAAAAGCUAGGGAACCUUCCCCUAUCCAAGCAAAUAUGCAAGCUGAGAAAUCAAAAGGGACUAGUAUCGUAACUCGUAUAAAUUCUAAGACAGAAAGAAUAGAAGCGUGGAGGUGAAACUAGUGAUUAUUUUGCUGCUGACGUAGUUUUGGGUUAAGAAUUCGUGUUAUUGUGUGGAUUGUGGUUUUGUGGUUGGUUUGUAUUUUCUAUUGACUGCACUGAUUUAGCUGUUUCUGGCUUAUAAAAAAUGUGGUUUUACUUCUAAAAUAGUGCAUGAGAUUGGUAUUUGUAUAACUCUGUCACAUGUUAAUAUCUUACAACCUUUUAUC